GAUUCUCAAGUAUUCUUAUUCCAUAUCGUCGCAUUUCAGACUGAUUUGUUUGUCUUCUAAAUUAUUUGUUGUAUUUUAUCUGGUUGGAGAGAAUCAUCCGAAAGCGAGAAGUAUCAAGGCUUAUAAUUCGCAGUACGAGUAGUCCUAUCGGAAACUAAAAGAUCAUCGAUCUUGUCUUUGUCUCUGUCGUCAUAAUUCCCAGGGAACCCACCGUCCAAUUCACAACCCAUUUAUUUCUGCUACCUACUCGCCGGUCUCCCUCAACCAUGCCUCUACCGUUCGAAAUCCAACGGCGACGCUUUAUGCGGACAGCAAACAGCAAAUACAUUUACGGCAGAGUUCCUCUCAUUCACACAAUUAUCUUCCUCAUCGAACUCAUAAUGGUCGGGAGACUUACCGCAAAAUUCAACAGCUACUAUGCUGCCCGUCCAGUACUCACCAUGAUGGUGACAAACGCAGUACUGGGCGGCAUAGCUGACACAGUGGCACAAUCUAUAACGGCAAUUAGACAAUCCGCCGUGCGAAAACAAGGAGGAUUAAGGAAGGAUGAUUCGUUGGCGAUAGAAAUUCACGAACUCGAUAGGAAAAAUCCAUUCAACGAUCGUGAUCUUAUUCCUGAUUCCAAGAUUCUACCGCCACCUUUUGAUUUCGAGCGCUUGACUCGGUUCAUGGCGUAUGGAUUCGCGAUGGCGCCUAUACAGUUUAAAUGGUUCAAGUUCCUAUCAAAAGCAUUUCCAAUCACAAAAUCGAGCGCUUUUGGACCAGCAAUGAAGAUGGUUGCGAUGGAUCAAUUGGUUUUCGCACCAGUCGGCAUCGCUAAUUUCUUCGUUGUUAUGACCGUCGCAGAAGGUGGCGGAAAGAGAGCGGUUGCUCAAAAGCUAAGAGAUAUGUAUCUUCCAACACUAAAGGCUAACUUUAUGGUUUGGCCUCUGGUACAAAUCAUCAACUUCCGCCUUAUGCCAAUUCAAUUCCAAUUACCAUUCGUUUCGACUGUUGGUAUUGCGUGGACAGCUUAUCUCUCCUUAUCGAAUGCAGCUGAAGAUGCUUUGGAAGUUCGAUCAGCCCCGGUAUCGCCAAACAUCAGAUUAUUGUAACUCUAGACCCGAGUAUGCGAAAAGGAAGGCACGAUUGACAACCCGGAAUCAGCGGCAUUGGCAAGGAAUGGAGUUCUAGGUCUGAAUUUUGGUCUGGAUAGGUCACACUGGACAAUAUAUCUACGAGUUUGAUUUUCAUAUCUGGUUGGGACAUUCAAAUGGUGUUUGGCGCCUGGAUUUUUGGAGGCGAAUAUCAUGAUUUCUUUCUAGACUACAGAUUUACAUAUCGUAUUGAUUUUACUCAAGUACAAAUAUCUAUUAGCA